GUCUGUUGCCAAAAUUGUUGGCUAUUCGUAUUAACCUAAGAGUUACACGUUUUGACAGCGCCAUUUGUAAACGAUUCAAGUGCUUAUCGUGUCAUAUCGACUUGAUAUCGACUACCGAAACAUCAAAUUUUAACACGACAUGAAUCGAUGUUUUCGAUUGUAGGCGUGUCUCAAGGCGUCUGAAAUUAAAAUAAAAAGAAUGAAAGUCCAUUGUUAAAAUAAAAUAGUAAAUGUCAAAUAGUGGAAGGCCUUGUGUUACCAAAGUUAUGUGUUUGUAUACAAGGUUGUACCCGUUUCACCAUGAACAGCGUAAGGAAUGCUAGUGAGUUUAAUACCUCUGAAGAAAAAAGCAUUUGUGAAGUGAAGAUUCCUCACGUCAGACAGCGGUUUAAUUGGGAUUGCGGAGUUUCCUGUGUCCUCAUGGUUAUACCUGAUGAGGAGCGAAAAUAUUUUUUUAACAAUUUUUAUCAAGUAUGCAAAGAGGAAGGAUUUGACAAGAGUACUUGGAGCGUGGAUUUGUGUUAUCUAUUGAAACGGUUUGGAGUCAAACAUAAAUAUUGCACUAUCACUUUUGGGGUUCAUCCUGGCUAUCGUGGUGAACAUUUUUACGACAAGAUACUUCACAAGGAUGAGGAUAGAGUGAAUAAGAGAUUCCUGGAUGCAUCAGAGAACAAUAUUACAAUAAGGAGAACCUCUUUAUCUAAUAUGGAUCUUAUCAAGCAUUUAACGACUGAGGGUCCAAUUAUACUUUUAACAAAUGCAAGUUUAUUGUGGUGCGAUAUAUGUAAAAAUAACAAAAUUACCUGCGAAUUAAGAAACUGUUUUCCUUGGCCUGUUAGCUAUAAUGGCCAUUACAUCGUACUCGUGGGCUAUAACAGUGGUAGGAAAAGAUUUCUCUACAGGAACCCUACCUACAGAGAGCGUUUAUGUGCGAUGUCCUACUGCCACUUAGAGGAAGCGAGAAAAUCUUAUGGAACUGAUGAGGAUGUCAUUUUAAUAUUCAGUAUAAACAGUUCGGCAGAUACCAAAUCUUCAAAUUCAGAAGCUCAGUGAUUCAUAAAUUCUGAACUACUUUUAUUUUAGAUGGUUAGACUCGAACAUUACUAUUAGUCCAAGGGCUUAAGAUACCUGAGUAAAGUUGAAGUGCAUUUUAACGUAUGCCUGACUAGAUUGAUAGUGACGUUUUGUGGCAGAUGUUUAGCAUGGCCAAUGGGGUUGGAAACAAUCUUGCCAGGUAUACAACAGCCAGGCAGGUAAUAGCAGUUUUUCUAUGUUAAGAAAAUAAAUCAAAUUUUUGAUGCGAAACUAUUGUUAGGUAGCAAUAGCGAUGAAGUUCACGUUUUUACAACGUGUCAUUUUGUGCCUUAUUCAAUUAUGAAAGGAUUGGGACGUAUAACAAUAUUGACACUAUGACGAAUAGUGGAAUUUAUUCUAUGGUCACUUUUGAGAGAAGUAAACAAACUAUCAAAGUAAAAUAAAACAAAUUUAAUUUUCUAAAAUGAUUCUAUCGAAAAAUUUUCAUAGUAGAGCAAUAAAGCUACAUGAUAAUGAAUAAAAGUGUUGCUAUAAUUUUAUAUUUUAUUUCUCAAAAAUUAGACAUUAGAUUAAGGUAGCACGAUAGUUUUUUAAAAGUUUUCGGUGAUGGUUCAAAGUAUUAUUAACAAUCUCAUGCAUAUCUGUCACGUGCAUAGUAACUAUCUAAAACUUUUGAUGUAAUAACUUGGCUGCGUAAUCUACUGUGAUAAUAAAAUAUUAUUGUCAGCCAAAUAUAGAAUUUACUUUCAUUUUAAAAGUUCUUCAGGUUUGGAUACGAUUAUUUCUGACGAAACCGUAAUCAAACUGCAGUGUUUUAUUUUGACUGCUCAUUAUCACUAUGAUAAAUCUGAUAUCAGCCUUAUAAGAGGUCAAGACGUAUCGAAUGAAUAAAUUAAGUACUUAUUAACGUACCUUUGAUAUCGGAUGGCAAAAAGUACAAAGAAAAAUUUAUUUUUUCUACGCUCUACAUAACGUGAUUGUUGUAAUGAGUGGAAAAGAAAAAAUCAUAGAUCAUUAAUUAAGUCACCUUAUAAUAAUCUCUCUGAUGGGAGGUUGAAUGUGUAACUAUUCUUUUCCUUUAACCAUGUAUAUCCUCUGUGUACUUCGAUUCAUAUCUUUAGCAGAUUAAAAUAAAAUGAAAGAAGAUUCGAUGGCA